AUGUCCGCAAGGCUGGCAAGAAACGCAGAGCUGGAGAGUGAGCAAUUUGUGGGGUACGGAAAAGAGACACUGCGAAACGAGUUGCAUAAGGCGAGACCAAAAAUUGUUAUUUUCGAUGCGAAUGAAACUGAUAACGAUCUCGGGGAUGACAAGAAUGCAAGCGAAGGCAGUGCCGAUGGCGAUAACGACGAUAGCAACAGUUACAAGAACAACGAUAACAUCUACAUCAAUCAGAACGACAACAGUGCUAAUUCCGGUGAAAAUAACCGCAGAAAUAGCACCAAUAAGAACCGCAACGAUACCGGCAAUAAUAAUGAUCAUGACAAUGAUAUGGCGCAUGAUGCGAGUAAAGAGGAGCGUUGCACCUCACCGGCCAAAUGGACAAAACUCCUCUCGAAGUCAAUCCAUCGCCGAAGUGGUUCAUUUCUGAAUAAUCUGAUGAUUUUUCGCAAAGGUGAUGGUCAAUUGUCACAUGUUAAGAACGCAUGUGACACAUCGAAUCAGUCGUCUCCGCUACAAACACCGAAACAACGCAGACGAGCAAGUGCCACGGCUGCAGUGUGCCUCUCAACGGGCACCACUGCAACUGCAAACGCCUCAGACACCCCAUCAAAUUCUCCGUCCCGUUCGCCAGCAUCAAAGAAAGAUUCAGCGCAUAAUUUUUACGCAACGCUCAAAUCGAAUUUUCAGAAUCGGCGCAGAAGUGCGGAUCGCAUCUAUUCGGUCAACAAUGCUGUUGCUACUAAUAGCACUGCAUCGUCUGCAGCAGCAAAUGCAACCAAUUCAAAGGCAAAGUCAAAUACGAAAUCAAAUAAGGUUUGCGAAUUUCAUUUUCUUAAAUGUUCGAUUCUUUGCUUCAUUUUAUUCUCUUAA